ACAGUGCGACUAAAGUAAGUAUUCAAGUGUCAACUCAAAACACUAAUUUAUUAGCGGUAAAGCAAAGGCUCUAAAAGCAUGUUGCGCUUCGUAGCCGCUUCGGUGCUGAUUUGCGCCGUUUACCAUGUGACAACCACAAGUGCUGCACCGCAUCCACCGACCACAGCAGCGCCACUGGUGGCCAAUCAGGCAGCCUACGACACGAAAUUCGAUAACAUCGAUCUGGACGAGGUUUUGAACCAAGAGCGUCUGCUGCGCAACUACAUUAAGUGCCUGGAGAACACAGGUCCCUGCACGCCCGAUUCCAAAAUGUUGAAAGGUUUCGCCAAUUUCAGAGAUACUCCCCGACGCUAUUUCAACCGAUUGCGCCAAAUGCUCGGAGAAGCAGAGGCUUGGCUCAGCGAAGGUGACGCACUUUUUGAUCGACAAUCGUCCGGAGGAUUGGGCACGUUUGGAGCAGAUAUACGAUCCGCAAGGCAAUUACCGUUUGAACUAUUUGGCGGCGAAGGACAAAGGCGAUGGCGUGGAGAAAACUACGGAAGCGGUUACUAAGACACAAGCCUGAACCAUAAUGCUAUAUCAACUGUACGCAAACAUGGACCGUUAUA